AAAGCAAGGGAACACAUAUAUGAGAUGCAUGAGAGGUGCAAGAAGAUUAAGGAGAUGUGGGCGUUACCUAUUCGUCCUUAUGGAUUCUGGACGUUUGAGCGUCACAAUGCUCAGCUUCGUUGGGAUCCUCAGAUCAGUCAGGUUGCUGGUCGAAGGGAUCCUUAUGAUGAUCUCCUUCAGGACAACUACACUCCUCCUUCUUCGUCGUCUUCAGACUAAUCAAACAAUGGAAGAUGCGUUAUGCUCUCUGGAUUGAUGGAUGCAUAUGUCUGUUUUCAAGCUAUUUUUCAGUAUUGUACUUCCUUUGUUUCCAUUUGUUCAUCAGGGAGCUUGGUACAAACUCAAAUAAUAGCUCAAAGACUCGUUUACGAAUGGGAGAGAAAUACUUGUUGGCUUUUUUAGUAAAGUUGUUUUGAUUGUCCAUCUUUGAUAUGAAAUAUUAAGUUCUGCUAUAUGACCAUUAUGAAGUUUUGUU